CAACCAACACCAAUUUCUUCAACCUCAACGUCUUCCCACAAAAGACGUCAACAUUAACUUUUUCCAGCAGCAUACCACAACACCAAGAUGCCUCCAGUAAGUCAUCCCAAUCCUCACCGUCAUACCAAUCUUAUACGUCCAUUCAGCGCGGCUUCACCAAUCCAGCCCCUAAAACAGAAAGCGCUCGCGAAGCCGUAAAAUCCUUCUACUGCGAGCUCUGCUCCAAAGGCUACGCGCGAAUGAACGAGUAUGAAGCGCAUCUCUCAUCCUACGACCACUCGCACAAGCAACGUUUAAAGGACAUGCGACAACUAAGUCGUGACCCGCUCGCCUCUUCCAAAGCACGAAAAGCAGAAGCAAAAGCGAAUUCCCAGAGUGGCUUGAUCUCCAUAAAACUCGGUAGUGAUGCUGCUCCCGCGCCCAGUGGGGGUGGCUUCAAAAAGGGCGGAUUCAAGAAAGCGGGGUUUAAGAGUGCAUUUGCGCCUGCUGAUGGGGAGGUGAAGGAAGAGGUUAAGAGUGAGGGGGUGAGUAGUAAGGAGAGCACGAGUACCUUGAGGAUUGUGGAUGCGGGUGUUGAUGUUGAAAGUGAUACUGGAGAUGAGGGGUAUGAGAUGUAUGACCCGAGACAUCCGACUGAUUGAGACAACUUGGGGGACAACAGAAACGCAAACAUUCAUGAGGGAGACAUCCUAAAAGAAGAUGCCUACUUGCCCGACAACCUAGCGCCGCAAAGCUAGCUUGCGAUGAGGCCCCAAACUGGAAAGUAUCAAAGCCUGGGUACCACAGAACCAGCUGAGAGCACUACAAACACACAACACUCAUAACAAGCAUCACAGCCCAAUACGGAGUAAGAGCAAAGGAUUCCCUAUCACCCCAUCCUGAACGUGAUA